GAUUUAGUAGCAGCUAAUGUUAAACCGGCAGUUCGCCACACGCGCUGCCGCCAGUGUCUGAGCUAAACGCCUCACAGCUACCAGCGCAGGAGCUGCUGCACUCAAAUUACUUCAAACUCAACCCAAACACACGUUACUGAUUCCCUCUUGUUGAAACCAGUUGACCAAAGAAAUGGUGAUGGAGAAGCCAAGUGCCCAGCUUGUCGGGCGAGAGUUUGUCCGACAGUAUUACACCCUGCUGAACCAGGCUCCUGACUACCUGCACAGGUUUUAUGGCAAGAACUCGUCUUAUGUACACGGUGGUCUGGACAAUAGUGGCAAACCAAUUGAAGCAGUCUAUGGGCAGUCUGAAAUCCAUAAGAAGGUGAUGGCUCUGAGCUUCCGCGAUUGUCACACUAAGAUCAGGCAUGUUGAUGCUCACGCCACACUGAACGAGGGAGUGGUGGUGCAAGUGUUGGGGGAGCUGUCCAAUAACAUGCAGCCCAUGAGGAAGUUCAUGCAGACAUUUGUUCUGGCACCUGAGGGAACAGUUGCAAACAAGUUCUACGUACACAACGAUAUCUUCAGGUACCAGGAUGAAGUGUUUGGGGACUCGGACUCAGAACCUCCUGAGGAGUCUGAGGAGGAUGUGGAGGAGCUGGAGCGGGUGCACUCGCCUGAAGUGGUCCAGGAGGAGUCUGCUGGGUACUACGAACAGCCGACUUGCGUGGAGCCCGAGGGGCCACAAGAAGAGGUGUCUGUAACCCCAGAGCCCCAGCCUGAGCCAGAAGCAGAGGUGGAGCCUGAGCCAGCAGCUGUGGAGCUGAAACCGGAGCCUGUCACCGAGCCUGAGGUUCACAUUGAGGAAAAAAUUCAGAGAUCUCCCCCUUCGCCCACACCUGCUGACACGGCACCCACCAUGCCAGAGGACAACCGGCCGUCGUCUUGGGCUUCAGUCACUAGCAAGAAUCUCCCACCAGGAGGAGUGGUCCCCGCCACAGGAGUCCCUCCACAUGUUGUCCGAGUCCCAUCUGCGCAGGUAGAUGCAGUAGGGGUUCAAUCUCUAACUAGCUGGCAGCACCAGCCACUGGCAAGUCACCUGACCUGCCAGUGGUUGGUGGCACCUGGAAGUCUGAUUCUGGUUGGCUGCCUGGUGGCUGGUAGUCCACUUCCUUUGCAAGUGUCAGGAACCAUUGAUUUAUGGCAGACUUUGUGUUUUGCCCUCCUUCCACUCUAGCUCCGGGAAUAAUAUUAUUUUGGUAAC